AAGGCUAUUGAUCAUUCAUUCUCAAUAACGACAUUCCUUUGACUGUAAAAAUGUUUAAUGUUUAAGUGAAAUGGUUAGUGGGGUUUACUGUUUUUGUUUUAUAGCAGUUCUGGAAUCGUCAGGUACCAAUCCAACAAAAAGGAAAAAAUCUGGUGCCAAUCCCAAAUUCUCAUCCAAAACCCAAAACCAUCUCUCCAUACAGAUCCCGCCAAAUCAGUCACUCUGUCUCCUUCACUGUACACUCUUUCAACAAAUCGCAAUUCUUAAACUUCCGCUGCUUUCCUGAUGCCCUCUCGCUGACUCUCUAAUUCCUCCUACGGCUCCGAGCAGAUUGUAUCUGAUCGCGUCCAAAGCCACCCUGUUUCACUCUCCUCUCAAAGCUCCUCCUCGUCGUCGGAUAUGUGGAAUUACGUCUGGAUCCCUCUCUUGAUCACUCUCUCGAAGGAGCUAAGCUUGCCCAACACAGCAGCAGCUGCUGCUAAACCUUCUACUAUUCGUUUGCCGAGUCAAAUCCUCCAUGACUCAGAGUCUGAGCCUACUGCUUUGUCCGUGGUUCCGAGUUGCCCGGCGCCGGAUCCUAAGCUCAAUUUCCGACCGGUGAUCGGGAUCGUGAGUCAUCCUGGUGACGGUGCCUCCGGCAGGCUUAGAAAUGCCACCAAUGCUUCGUAUAUCGCGGCGUCUUACGUGAAGUUCGUUGAGUCCGCUGGAGCUCGUGUUAUUCCGCUGAUUUACAACGAGCCUGAAGAUAUUCUUUUCCAGAAGCUCAAUCUGGUAAAUGGAGUGCUUUUUACUGGGGGAUGGGCAAAAAGUGGUUUAUACUUUGACAUUGUGAAGCGAAUUUUUAAGAAAAUUUUGGAAAAGAAUGAUGCAGGAGAUCAUUUCCCAUUAUAUGCCAUCUGCCUAGGGUUUGAACUUUUAACUAUGAUCAUUAGCCAGGACAAUAAAAUUCUGGAAUCAUUUAGUGCAGCGAAUGAGGCUUCUACACUACAAUUUGUGGAUAAUGUAAAUAUUCAAGGAACUGUGUUUCAAAGAUUUCCUCCAGAAUUGCUUAAAAAAUUGAGUACAGAAUGUCUUGUCAUGCAGAACCAUCACUAUGGCAUCUCACCGGAACGACUAGAAGGGAAUGAGGACCUAUCCAGAUUUUUCAAGAUUUUGACCACCAGCACAGAUGACAGCAAUAAGGUCUAUGUUUCCACAGCACAAGCUUACAGUUAUCCUGUUACUGCUUUUCAAUUUCAUCCAGAGAAAAAUGCUUUUGAAUGGGGCUCAUCAAUGAUUCCACACUCUGAAGAUGCCAUUCAAGUGACACAGCAAGCUGCUAACUUCUUUAUCAGUCAAGCUCGGAAGUCCUUGAAUAGGCCACCUGUUCAAAAAGUGCUGGACAAUCUCAUCUAUAAUUACAGUCCAACAUAUUGUGGGAAGGCAGGGAGGGGAUAUGAUGAAGUUUACAUCUUUACGUAGGUUUGGAUGAUGAAUAUUGUACAGGUGAUUCCUAUAUGAAUUAUUUAUGUAAUUAUAAUGUAUACUUGAUGUUGUAUGAUUACCAGACUGUUGAAAAUGUAAACCCUGUUUCACCAGUUUCAUGGUGAACGACGCUUGGAGUCGCCAGGCAGCUUGUUUCAAGUCCAAGUGUAUGUUUACGUUGUUCUGUAUUGCGAAGAUUACAUAUUAGCUCAACAGAUACUCUUUUAUUACUGACUGCUGGUUCUCA